AUGCCUUUGCAGAAUGCUUCAAUCAAAGUAACAGAAUUUAUUAUUGGUGGUUUUGAAUCAACCAACAGACCUAUGUUGGUUGGUGUGGUUAUUUUGAUUACUUAUGUUCUAGCCAUUCUAGCCAAUAUAUUAAACAUCUUCUUCAUUCUUGUUGACAAAAGAUUACACAAACCAAUGUAUCUUCUGAUUUGCAACCUUGCUGUUGUUGAUAUACUGUACGCCUCCAGUACCGGUCCAACAAUGAUUGGGGUUUUAGUUGCUAGGGUUAAUACUAUUUCGUAUGUGCCUUGCUUAGUUCAAAUGUUUGCUGUACACGUGGGAGGGACGAUGGAGAUGUUAGCUUUAUCGGCUAUGGCAUUUGAUCGAUUGAUUGCUGUUAGCUAUCCCUUUCAGUACCACAGUUAUUUAACAAAUGUGCGUACUUUUGUCAUUAUAUGUAUUCUGUGGGUUGUUGCUUGUGCUUUUGUGGCUGUACUGCUUGCAGCCUUGCUUCCUCUCCCUCACUGCUCCUCAAAGCUGCAGUACACUUUCUGUGACUAUGCUGCCGUAAUACGAACUACUUGUGUUGACCUCACUUACUAUUUCAAUAUGGUUUCCAUCAUGUUCUUUUUUAUUUUUUUUUUCACUUUCAUUUUGAUUUGCCUGUCAUACUUAUAUAUCUUAUUUUUUGUGAAAUUGUCCUCAAAUAAUGACAAACGAAAAAUGGGCAGCACUUGUUUGAGUCACUUAAUGGUGGUAACAGGUUAUUACCUUCCAUCAUUUAUCCGUAUUGUCUUGACCAGGUUUGGCGUCGUAUUACCUCUUGAGGCUAGCCAUGGUUUAAUGAUUGGGACCAUCCUCGGACCAACUUUUUUAAAUCCUGUGGUGUACUGUUUUAGGACGAAAGAAAUUAAAU